AAAAUUCAUUUGAAACACGAGAGAAAAAAACCCCAGAUCCUUCGUCCCUUCCUCUUUCUCUCUCUUUCUCCUUCGCGAGGAAAAAACCUAAAUCCUAAUACCUAACAGCCGCAACUAGCAAGCCGCGCCGUCGCCGGAGUCCUUUCGCUUUACCGGUGAGUUUUCCGACGCACACGCACAGUAGCAGCGCCGCGACAAAAACCCUAACUAGUACACUGUAGUAGCAGCGCCGCGAGAAUCAGAAAAACACGCACAGUAGCACUGUAGCAGCGCCGGACCGCCGUGUGUCAUCCUCGAGCACUGAUAAUUGCCAAUUUUUAGCUGAGAAUGGCGGAUUCAAAGAGAUCAAAGCUAACAGGAGAAGCCCUUGAGCAAUUACAACAAGGGGUAUCGCUUGUAUUCUCACGUUGGUAUAUGCUUCGAAUGUUGGUGGAUCAUGAGUGGGGAGAUAGUUGUUCACGAGAUAUAGAAGCCUCUUUGUUCGCUUCUGUUGUCAAUUUCUUUUGCCACCCCAAGAGCAAUGAACCUCUAUACAUUGACGAGUUAGAAGAUUUGCUGCUUGUUGCCAUGGAUAAGUUAGGACUAAAUGAUCCUUCCGAGGAAGUAGAGCAGGUGGCAUUGAAAUUAAUGAUUAUGCAUGAAGAAUGCUUAGAAGGUAAUUACCAAUCAAUUCAAAAGCUUAUGGAGACAACUCAGGCAAAGCCAGUUCCCCAUGUUCCCCAUGUGCUACAGACUAGCAUGAGUGCCAAUGAUCUGAAGAAUGAUGAUGAAGAAAGUAUGAUGGUUGAUUCACCAAUAAAUAAUGAGGUUGCUUCAAAAGAUAUGGAGGUUGAUGGAUGGGUAACUGUUACCCGAAAGAAGAGCAAGGGUCAGAGACUCAGAGGGGAGUAGAUUUAGUCCAUGAUGGGAUGGUCGCUAUGCUAUGGUUAUCGUAUGGCACGUAUGACGUUAACUUAAUAUAUUGUUUUGUCUUUCUAUAAAUUGGUUAAUUGGACUAUGUAAAGUUUUUCGCUUUUCAAAUGUCAUCUUAGUGAAGCAUUUAUAUACGAUCUUUAGUUCAA